CGAUCGUUCGUUGUGUGCCUCUCACUCCCCGCGCCAGUUCCAGAAGUGUGGAGGAGCCAUGGCUGCCGCGAACCCGUGGGACCCGGCGUCCUCGCCGAGUGCGGCUGGGCUACUGCUGAACCGCUGGGUGACUUCGGGGAUGGUCACUGAGGAAAUGUUAGGUACAUCUAAGAAAAUGGUUCCUUGCUUUGAGAACUUCUCCAGAUCACAGCAGAUCUCAGACAUGAAAGCUAAAAUCCACCAGAACAACCUGGAGAUUGAACUUCUGGAAUUGGAAAAGGAUACAGCAGAUCUUAUUCAUCCUUCCUGUUUGGUUGAGAAGUGUGAUACCCUGCAAAGCAUGAAUAGUCAUCUGGAAGCCGUGCUAAAAGAGAAGCGGGCCAUCAGGCAAAGACUGCUGAGACCCAUCUGCCAGGAGAACUUGCCAAUGGAAGCUGUUUAUCACAGACAUAUGGUACAUUUGUUGGAAUUGGCUGUGACUUUCAUUGAGAAAUUAGAAGCCCAUCUUGAAACAAUUAGAAAUAUCCCUCAUUUAAAUGCAAACCUAGCGGAAAUGAGAAAGGCUUUAUCCAAGAUGGACAAUUUGGUGAACGAGACAGAAGAACUGACAGAGAAUAUACUCAGGUGGCGAGAACAACAGAAGGAAAUUUCUUUGUGUGUCCCCAAAAUCCUUGCUGAGGAAAAUUAUCUUCACAAACUUGAUAGAGUACCUCCUUCACCUUUUGUUUCUAAAGCCCAUGCCCAAACUGUUAAUGCCAAGUGAUUGCCAUAUUUACUUUUGCUUAAUUACGUGAAGUCAAAGAAGUCCGUUUCCAGGUGAUAUGUGACAGGGAGAUUUGGUAGACUUUGUUGUUAGCCACUCUGAAAAAGCCCUCUUCUAUGGAAUGCCGGGGCCAGGGAGAUGUCAGCAGGAAAAGCUCCUGCUUCAAUCCCUGGGAUCCACAUACCACUUUUUCAUAUGUUCCUCUCUUUGAUAAAGCUACAAAAAAUCAAAUAUAUGUGUGUUAACCUAUUAUCAGUGAAUUAGACACUCAUCAGACAGAAUCUGUAUUAUGAUUCUGUGUCGUGUCUUUUAAAAACAUUUCUGAAUUGGAAUAUCCUGAGUCUGAAGAUUUUUGUGGUGACUAUCCCUGUUGAGAUUGUUGAGAUUGCGGAAUGGUCACACAGCGGGCCUGUUGCCCCUGAAGUCUUUUUUUUUUUUUUUUUUUUUUUUUUUGGUUUUUCGAGACAGGGUUUCUCUGUGGCUUUGGAGCCCCUGAAGUCUUAGUUCCAUGGCUGGCACACCGAUGAGACAGGCCGUGUGACCAGGCUGUGCAGGGAGGCUUCUGUGGGACACUUGCUUUCCUUCUGAGAGUCUAGGAUGCUGGUAUAUACCAAGCAGAAAGUAUCUUUGCUACUGGUCCCUGAAAAAAUCCUGGAGUACCACAUCCAUAACAAUUUUGGUGUAGACAGCAUUUCACAGAGUCACAGUUCGAUUGCUGUACUAGUUCACGGCUGGAGCGUGGUGACACGAGGUCUCACAUAUCCUCUUAGCAGAUCACUGGACCUGCUUGUCUUCUCAGGAGUGCCUGGGAGACAAAUGCUGAGCAUGAAGAACGAUGAGGGGGGAAGAAAAGGCAUAUUGCAAUCAAAUUUAGAAGUUUUUGUUUUGAUACUUCUUAUAUGUAGCCAAGGUAGAACUUGAACUUACUAUGUAGCCCAGGCCUUCCGAGUGCUGGAAUCACAGACAUGUGCCAUCACAUCCAGCUAAAGUUUGUAAUGGAAUAUAUGAUAUAUUUUACCUACCUAGGGCUAGUCAUAAAAUUAGAGACUAGUCUACUUAAAGUAGAAUAGUAACAACUACCUCAAGCUGUUCUCGCUCGCUACUUACAGUAGUAAGUACUCUGGCUUAUGUUUAAACUGGGUUCUGUUUUCCUUUGAAAUGUGUGCACCAGUGUGUCCAUCCUGUUGCAUUCUGUGUCAUGGAGUUCAGCGAACCUUCUGUUCAUCACAUGUUCAAUAUAAGGCUUCACCUGUUAGAUAGUAAAAUAGAUGUCCCAAACAGGAUCCUUAACCCUAUACCCUGAAAAAAAAAAAAAAACUAUUAAAAACAGCAGAUCAUUAUUUUGAGAGUCUACAGCUUUUACAAAUGUACCGUGCAAAAGUGGUGUUGAGAUUUUGACCAUCACCCAGAUAACUGAUCAAAAUCCUUAUUUGUAUUUUAUCUCAAAUCUUUUUAAAUACCUAUUCAUUUUCCUUGUAUAUUAUGUGUAGAUAUAUUCAUUAUCAUGUUACCACUAUUGUUACCCUGUUGGUUUUGUAUCUAUAUUUUCUAUUAAU